AUGAGCAACACGUCAGCCGAAAGGGAGAAGAAGAAGUGGUCCUCGCCACACGACCAUGAUGCGGGCCACGACCACUAUGACACGCAUGUCGAGGUCGCCUCCGUUGUUGACGACGGCAAGGCCGCCAUCCCCCUAGGCACAUUUGACCCCGUAUACGAGGCCAAGGCCCGUGUUUUGAACAAUGCGAUCCAAGACAUUGGCAUGGGAUGGUACCAGUGGCAGCUGUUUGUCGUUGUCGGCUUUGGUUGGGCCUCGGACAACAUGUGGCCAAUUGUCACAAGUCUGAUCUUGCCCGCCAUCAAGUCCGAGUUCAAACCAAAGUACGGCCCGCUCCUCACGCUUGCCCAGAACAUUGGUCUUCUCAUUGGUGCCAUGUUCUGGGGCUUUGGGUGUGAUAUCUUUGGCCGUAAAAUGGCCUUCAACUUGACUCUUGGUGUCACCGCUGUCUGGGGUAUGAUUGCUGCGUCGUCGCCCAACUUUGCCGCCAUUGGAGUCUUCUGUGCCUUCUGGUCCUUUGGUGUCGGUGGGAACCUCCCCGUGGACUCGGCCGUGUUCCUCGAGUUCCUCCCGGCAUCGCACCAGUAUCUGCUCACUAUUCUCUCCGUCGACUGGGCACUUGCGCAGGUCGUCGCGACUCUCAUUGCGUGGCCGCUCCUCGGCUACCACACCUGCUCGGGUGACCCGGGCACGACCUGCACCAAAAAAGACAACAUGGGCUGGCGCUACUUUGUCAUCGCCAUGGGAGGCAUCGCUCUUAUCAUGUUUGCAAUCCGCUUCAUCUGGUUCACAAUCUACGAGUCGCCAAAGUACUACAUGGGCAAGGGUCAGGACGAGGAAGCUGUCCGUGUGGUCCACGAGGUCGCCCGUCGUAACGGCAAGACCUCCAACCUGACUAUCGACGACCUCAAGGCCUGUGAACCAGCCGACUAUGUCGCCAACACCAGCGCUGGACAGGCUGUCAAGCGCAAGCUCCAGAGUAUGAACGGCAACCACAUUCGCGGCCUCUUCUCUACCCCCAAGCUCGCGUUCAGCACAUCGAUGAUCUGUAUCAUCUGGGCCUUUAUCGGCCUUGGCUACCCGCUCUACAACGCUUUCCUCCCGUCCAUCCAAGAGACCAGGAACCGCGACUAUGGAGCCACCAACUCGGUCUACCUGACCUACCGCAAUUCGCUCAUCUAUGCCGUCCUCGGUAUCCCCGGCGCCCUCCUUGGCGGCUGGUUUGUCGAGUUCCGCGUCGUUGGCCGCAAGGGCGUUCUCGCUGCCAGCACUGCACUCACCGGCGUCUUCCUCUUCGCCUCGACGACGGCCACCAACUCGAACGCCCUCCUUGGCUGGAACUGCGCAUACCAGUUCUUCAGCACGAUCAUGUACGCCGUCCUUUACGCUUACACCCCGGAAGUGUUCCCGACCAUCCACCGCGGUACCGGCAACGCCCUGACGGCCACCUGCAACCGUAUUUUCGGUAUCAUGGCACCCAUAGUUUUCAUGUUCGCCAGCGCCACGACCUCGAUUCCGGUCUACAUUGCGGGAGCGCUCUUUAUUCUGGCUGGUCUCAUUUGCCUCAUCCUUCCUUACGAGCCGCGUGGAAAGGCGAGUCUGUAA